AUGCCCACCUUCUCCCACAAUACCUCAAUGAGAGUAACCGGAACGACCGUUGAUAUGGCUGCUGCUCAGUCUGCCAAGGCCAAGUCGGCCUCCAAGGCUGGCAAUGGAAACACCAAAUCACGAGCCCAGAUGCACCGCCGUUCGCGAACAGGGUGCUACACUUGCAGACUGCGACGCAAGAAGUGCGAUGAGGGCUCUCCCAUGUGCACUGCCUGCAAGAACCUUGGCCUCUGCUGCGAAUACAAGCGACCAAUGUGGUGGGGAAACAAUGACCUCCGCCGCAAGCACAAGGACGACAUCAAGCACAUCAUCAAGAGGAAGAAGCUUGCUGAGAAGUCGACACAUGCUAUCCAGACCUCAAUGAGCUCUCCUCCCGGCCUGUCGCACUCCUUGCCCACAUCAGCCACUUACACCGACCCAAUGGACCGCAACAGAUCCGCCUCCAUCGACUCCCGCUACUCUCACGGAUUCGACUUCCACAGCCCUCAGAGCGGAGAGUACGCCGCCUACAACGCACAGCUGCCCACUGAGCUCCUCUACCCCGGUGGCCAGUUCACCCCUUAUGAGAUUGAUGUCAAGACCGAGCGACAAAUGUACGUGAAUGACGUACCUACCUUGAAGGAGUCUCACAUCUCAACCUUCAGCACCUACCACACUCCCCCACCGCCUGGUACCGUGCUCGUCUCCGACCCAGCCACUGGUGACUGGGCCCGGCCGACCUACCAUGAGCGCAAGGAGUCCCUGUCAGAGGAGUCCCUCAACUCCAACUUCUUUGACUUUGCCCAUGGCACCAGCGCUGGCACACGACACAUCAAGAUUGAGCUUGAUGACAACGACCAGCGCCUUCUGGACCAUUUCAUCCAGCAUGUGCUGCCCAUCAUCUUCCCCAUUCUUGAGUCAAACCAACACGGCUCUGUCGCCUCUGAUCUCAUCCUCCCUGCCAUUCAAUCCAACAAGGUCUAUCUCCACUGCUGCCUCAGCAUUGCCGCCCAGCACCUCAAGGGCCAGGUCAACGCUGUCAGCGAGGAGAUUGACCAGGACAUCAUGCGACACCGCUAUGCUACUAUCUACUCCCUGUGCGAGUCGCUCAAGAAGGACGAGAACCACCAGCAGAUCCUGGAAGCCACCCUUGCACUCAUCUUUUUCCAGACCGUUGUCGGUCGCUUGGAUGAUGGCCUUUUGGACAUCGCAUGGCACCAGCAUUUCCAAGCCGCCAUCAACCUUGUCCAGAAGCUUGAUCUGCCCCGCAUGGUCAUGGACCCGGCCGAGCAAAUGGCGCAGACUCCAUUCAACAUGACCAUGACUUCGUGGAUUGACAUCCUUGGCGCUACCAUGCAGGGUGUCUCCCCCACCUUUGCACAUGCUUACCGAGAGAAGCACCUCUCGCAGGUCAACCCCCAUCUCGGCCUCCGCGAGCUGAUGGGCUGCGAUGACCGGGUCAUGUACCUGAUCUCAGAAAUCGCAUGCCUCGAGUCUCUCAAGAAGGCCGGCAUGGACGACUUCACUCUCUGCCAGCAUGUGUCCUGCCUUGGCGAGCAGAUUGGCUACACUGAGAUGGGCGAUACCGCCGUUCAGAUCCCCUUCAACGCCAACGGCACCCUCUCCCCCAAGCAGCUGUCCAAGAACAUCACCGCCGCUUUCCGCCUCGCUGCCAGAAUCUACCUGUGCAGCCUGGUUCCCGGCUUCAACCCCAGCCAGCCCUCGCUCAUGGGGCUGGUCGACAAGCUCGCCGAGGUCCUCCAGAACAUCCCAUCCGGACCUCACGGCUUUGACCGCAGCGUUGUCUGGGUCUACCUCAUUGGCGGAUCUGUCAGCCUCCCUGGCAGCUCUUUCCGCGCACUCCUCGAGGAGCGCAUCGCCCAGCUGAACGAGAACGCCAACUGUGGCUCCUUCGGCCGCAUGGCCACCCUCCUCCGCGAGGUGUGGUUGCAGAACGACACCCUAUCAGCCGCAACAACCCCUGGCUCCAACGCUGGGGACGCAGCUCCCCUGCAUGUCCACUGGCGGGACGUUAUGCAGUCAAGGGGAUGGGACUUCCUGCUCAUCUAG